GUGCAGUAUGAAGCACGUCGCGGACAACACUAGUCGCUCAGCACCCGCACGACGCGCGCCGGCCAUGGAACCGACACGAAAAUAUAAAAAAUAAAUUCAAAAUAAAUUUUAGUGAUGUGCAUAUAUUUUUUUAUAAAGUUAAAAACUGUGAUGAAAGUUUUCAAAUGAACGUAGUGCAGUAGUGUUUUAUGUAUGAUUUAUUCAAUACAUUGGACAAAUUUAUUUUUGCUCAUGGCAAUUAAAAUGGUGCUGUGUGGUGCAGUGGCGGACGCGGGCGACAUGAUAGCCAACGUGAGCCGCGUGCGCCGCGCGCCACAGCCUCACUACUCGCACCGCGUCGUGACGGACGAGGAUUUCGACAUGACUGCGGCAGCGGCGUGGAAGCGCUCGCACUGGCGCGAUAUGCAGUCCAUACUCCGACGCGAGGGCAACCAGAAGGAGGGCGUGCAGUGUUGCCCCUCCGUCCUCGAGAUGGUCACCAAGAAGGGAGGGCGCACACCCACCGGCCUCUACGUGGAGCUGUACGAGGACGGGGAGAACCAGCAGCGACUGUUCGAGGUGUCGUGUGCCCCCAACGUGGUCGACAAGCCGUGCCGCUUCGUCGACGCGCGACUGUACAACGAGUCGAGGUGCAUCCAGAAGUACUCGUACUCGUACGCCCUCGUGCGCUACCUGCACUCGGCCGCGACGGAGACGCCGCAGCCGCGGACCGAGGGCCACUUCUCCGUGCCCGGCUCCGGCGGCUGGUCCAUGGACUAUGUGCGAGUGCGCGCCGGUUGUGAGUGCCAAAUUAAACCCAAAACAAAUAAGCCCGCCCGCAGAAGACACAAGCAGAGGAAAAGGAAUAGGAGGGUAGUGGAGGACGACGAGACCUGAUUCCGGGCUCAGUGCUAGUGAAUUCGUGACUUUGAACAAAUUUGGGAUCGUCCCUUAGUAUUACGUUUACAAAGAUACCUUUUCUGAUGUUUUCUCUUCGGUUCGGGACAGUGUCGUGUACAGAGCAGCAGCGCAGCCAUGUUGGAGCCGCGCUGCGAGCUGCGGACGUUUCUCGUUACCUACUUCAAGUGCACAUUUGAGCGGUACUCUGCUGUCGGUCGAUGUAUCAAUGUAUUUAUUUUACUUUUCGUCUAUAUUACGCUUCUUGUUGUAGUCCGUUAGUUAGUCUCGAUCUUAUGAAAUUAAAGUGCCUUUUAGUGCCUUAGAUUUAAAUAGUUCACUAUGUUCUGGGAAUUGUUGAAAUUUUGAUUCCAAUGCGUUAUCUGUAUGUUAAGUAUUAAAAUGUAAAGACUAAAGUCACACGAAUUGUACAAUUUUAAUAUUCGAAAUGUAAUUGAAAAUCAUCACAAGUUUUGUUGCCGAGGCGAUGUAAUUAACGUGUGUCGGCAUUUACAUUUUCUUUAAUAUUCAUACAAAAUGAUAUUCGUGUGACUCUCGCUUACAAACUACACGAUAAUGUAAUAGUUACCGGUUGAUCGAGGUGCAUAGAUGUAAUACGACUUCACUGCGCUGUCGCUACACUUUCAAAUAAUUUUAAGUUAAAAAACAACGUCAGAAAUGUACUUCGUACUGCGAACGACACUGUGAACAGAAUGGUCCAUGCACUAGUUCACUAAGCUUGUAUUUCCGACGCUUGGCCAUUUCCCAAAUAAUGUCUCGGAAUUCCAUUCCAAGUUAGCGGUUCGUCCAGAUGUUGAGCAUAUCAGUAUCAUGCAGUUUCAUAACUCUACUGCUAGAACAAUUUUAUUCUCUUUGAAACAAUUAAUUGAAAUAGCUUGCUUAUCAUUUCUAUCUAGUAUCUUUUGUGUUUCUUUUUAAUUGCUAGUAUUUCUAUUAUAUGUCGUAUUAGCAGUACGUAGUACAUAGUUUUCGUUGUAAAUAACAGUAAAGAGCAGUCUGUGAUCACUUCAAUAAGCCGUAGUGGAGUCACAAUGAUUCUCUUGUGAAACAAUUUCUUUUGUUGUGGAACCCACCUUUUUAUCUGCGAAACAAAUUUUGUUGUUUAUUGAUCAUUGAUCCUUAAUGUC